AUGGAGAAACAAACAGCACCUAAAGUCAUGCUGGCAUCAGCUCCUCCAUAUGAUGAUGACAUCCUUAACCCUGCAGAGCACAUCGCCAUUCAGAACAGCCAUGUCCCAGGUCCCCAACAGUCCACAUCACUGCUGGCUAAUGUAAGAGACAGCAUAGAUCUACCCGAUACCAGUGGAAACCUUCUGUCAAGACCCCCACCUCCACAACCCCGUGUGCUUCCUGCUCCCUUGGAGCUCGCGCUCCUGGACCUCCUGUACCUCUCCACCAUCGAGUCCGAGGUGCUGGUGGACCAGAUGGUGGGCCAGCGGGCCAGCUCCUGCGCAGCCUGCGCUGCCCAGCACUUCCUCUGCUUGACCUGGGCAGGCGCCGAGUGCUUCCUGCUGGGCUUCAUGGCCUAUGACCGCUAUGUGGCCGCCUGCCACCCCCUCCGCUGUCCUGCCCUCAUGAGCUGCAAUGUCUGCUUACUCAUUGUGCUGGCAGCCUGGCUGGGAGAGUCUGUAGACGGCUUCUUGCUCACACCAGUCGCCAUGCAGUUCCCUUUCCGUGCCUCUCGGGAAAUCAGCCACUUCUUCUGUGAGGUCCCCGCCCUCCUGAAACUCUCCUGCACGGUCACCUUGGAUUAUGAGGUGGUCAUGUGUGACUGCUGCAUCACCAUGCUCCUCAUCCCUUUCUCCGUCAUCUCAGCCUCUUACACAAGGAUUCUCAUCAUGGUCCACAGGACGAGUGAGGCAGACGGGGGAAAGGCAGUGGCCACUUGCUUCUCACACAUGGUAGCUGGCAGCCUGUUCUACGGAGCCGCCAUGUACACCCACGUGCUGCCUCACUCUUACCACACCCCCGAACAGGACAAGGCUGUGUCUGCCUUCUACACUAUCCUCACUGCCCUUCUCAGCCCACUAAUCUACGGCUUCAGGAACAAGGAUGUCAAGGGAGCCCAACAAGGGAUACUUUUAAGAGAAGAUGAGAUUCCUGGUGCAAAGAAACUUCAGCUCUGGAAGACGCCUGAUUCACGUGAGCUCCGGUUAGGUUCUGCCAUCCGCUUUACAAGCUCCUUCGAUGUUUGCAUCAAGUCCUUUGCCUUAGAAGCUCGACUUCUAGGGAUUACAGUCUUUGUUUAG